GAUGGGGAAAGUCGACGCAAUACACAUCUUGCCUCACGCUGAAUCAUAUGUUCAAUGUUUUUGAACGAAAAAUGCAUGCUGUUGAAUUCAUUAAGAACUUUUAUUAUUUUGUACGUGUUCUUUAUUAAACAAACAUGGAACGUUUGCAAAUACAGGAAGCUUUUACUGAGUUAAAACCACUUUGCGAUUCUUUAUUACGAAAUCCAGAUAUAAACACUGCACGUAAUGUUGCUAAUGCCCUAACAAAAAUUUCGAAUAAAGUUGUACAAGAUUUGUUGGAAUAUAUUUUAUUCCCCAUAAUUUUUCAUUUACAGGAUAAAAGCUUGAGCAAAGGUACGAAAGAGGAAUUAGUAAAGACAACACACGCAAUCGUAUCAAGAGCAAAGAUAUCAAAAAUCGAAUAUUUUAGUAAAUUGUAUUCUUGCCUUUUGAUACAAAUUUAUGAUCGAACUCAAGAAAGUUUGGUAAUUACAGGUCACGAAGAAUUGAAAGAAGUAGUACUCUCAUGCAUUAAGACUUUGAUGCAUUCUUCUUUUACAGAAGUUUUAGACUCGUUAUAUGUUGGUGAAAAUGCCUUCAAGGUAGGCCAAGGAAUAUUAUUGUCUCUAUCAAUAGGUAGAAUGGAAAAAUCACGUUCAAUUAGAUUAAAAGCGAUAGAGGCAGUGAUGGCUUUAUGUCAAGUAGAUGACGAAUCGGAUAGAUCUGAUAUUAUAUUGCAAGACCAAAUAGCCGAUGGCAUUAUGUUAUUUUUACCUGGUAUUGUCAGUGGUUUACAGGAAAUAGCUUUGGGAAGCGAAAUACAAGGACAUAAACUCACAAUGUUAGCGUUAAGAGCUUGGGCUAGAAUAGUAUCUCUUGUGAUGAAAGACAAAGAAGAAGAUGAUACACCAUUGUUAAGUACUCUUAUCCAAUUAAAUAAUGAUAAAUGUACUGAUGUAUUAGAAAGUCCUUCGUAUACAGAAGAUAAAAUUAACAUAGAGAAACAUCUGAAAAGUAAAACAAGAAGUAAAGAAUGGUUUAAUGCUAGCGCAACAAAGCUUAAUAUACUUGUGAGACAGUUGAGUGUAUUAAAAAGGCAUUCCCAUUAUAAAGUUAGAAUGGAAUUAGUUGAAAAUAUUCAUUUGAUACUUACAACAUGCUCUAGGAAUAUGAAACCAAAUGUUAUGUUACUAAUAGAAUAUUUAAUAUCUCUAUCUGAAGACGAAAUAACAGAAAUUCGAGAGGAAGCUGAAAAAACACUAAAUGUAAUUAAUAUGAGCUACAUGCAAAAUAAGAAUAUGAAACCCUUGGUGGAAUUAUUAGAAGAAAACUUCUACAAUUUACUUACAAGUUUACCCAGGAUUAUCAGGAGACCUGAUGAUAGUGAUCAAUUGUCCUGUUUAAAUCAAAUUGCUGGUUAUUUAAAACUUCUCGGGGAACAGAGAUUGCCUCGGAUUAUGAUGUCUGCACCACAUAUUCGAAGAUUGAUAUCAGCUCUUGUAUAUGUAUCCGAGAUAGAUUGCAGUAAUAUUUCCUUACUGCAAACUGUAAAUGUUAAGGAUCUUGAAGAUCCAGCAUAUUCCUAUGGACCACACUUAUGGAGACGAUUUAAAUUCAUUCAAAACAAUUCAUGCGAAGAGAAAGUUGUAGCUAUAUGUAAAUAUCUCGGAGAAUUUGGAGAUAUUCGAAUUUUAGUUGACACCAUUCUCGGACUUACACUUGAUGCUCCACAACAUAAAAAAGAAUUAUUCUUGUUAUUAAACUGGAUUAUAUGUGUUUCAGUCAAGGACCCUUCAUUUUUAUCAAUUUAUGAAGAAGUUGUAGAGUUUUAUAUAAAUCCUGAAGUUUGGUAUCCAGCGAUUGAAACUACCGAAAAUGUACCUUUACGUAUUGCACAAAGCAAUGUAGUGCAAUGUUGCUUAUUAAUAGAAGGUUUAGGAUUAAUAGCUCAAACCUUGGGACAUGAUUAUGAUAGAUUUCUUCUUAAGACUUUAUAUUUAAUUAUAGAAAGAGCAGGCAGCGGGCAUACCUUAAUUAGUUUCGUUGGAACUCAAACGCUCGAACGGAUCGCAGAAUCUCUGAAAUAUAAUUCAGUGGGAGAUCUUCUUCGUGCAAAUGUUGAUUAUUUUUCAUACCAUGUGACUAUAAAAUUACGCAGAGUGGAACGAAAUCCCGGCGUUCUUGAUGUCGUUGGUGUCGUUAUGAAAUAUAGUACCAUGGAUGUCUUGCCUUGUUUAAAAGAAAUCGUAGAGGAUGUACUUUUGCAACUAAAUAAGAGUUUUCAGAAGAAAAAUUCCUACGCCUUUUUAAAAGUAUUUUAUACGUUCACGAUAUGUAUAAAAAAGUUAGUAAAUUCCAAAGAUGUGCCAAUUAUAUGUGAACAAAAUGAAACUGUUGAAUCUAAAUCUUCUAAAAUUAUUAAAUCUCUGUUGGAGUAUUACGAAGCAAAAAAGAUUGAUGAAAACAUAGAAGAAGAUUCUACUGUAAAUCUAGAGGAAGAGAAACUGGAAGCAGGGGAAGAAAAUGAAGAUCAAAUAGAUUUCACGGAGCAAGAAGAACAAAAGCAAAACAUACCACCUUAUGUAAAAAUGAUUGAAGACGUAAUGAAGCACUGUCUACAUUUUUUGCCAUCGAAAGAUAUAAAACAAUCGCUAAUUGCAAUGUCAACGUUGCAAGAGGGUCUAAAAAUUUUAGCGGAAUGGGAAAAUCGAUUGUUACCGAUUGUAUAUUUGCUUUGGAGUCCAUUAGUAGAUAGAUUUCACGAUGAGAAUGUACUAAUAAUAAACCGAGCAUGGCAACUAUUAAAUGUUCUUGCUUAUCUAUCAAAAGAUUUUAUCCGGUCUAGAACGCUUAAACAAGUGCUGCCAGCGCUUUCGAAGUUCUUAAGUAGCUCUGCUAAAGAAAGUUAUAACAAGAGCUCCGAAAAUAUCUAUAAAUUUACUCAAACUUAUAAAUUACAAAAGGAAUUGCUUUCCACGUUGGGUCAAACCACGAAAAAUUUACAUAUUCUUGAAAGAGAAACAUGGAAUAUCCUGGGUAUCGCAGAGCCCUAUCUCAGUAAAAACCAACAUCCCUCGUUACAAUCGUGUUGCGUACAAUUAUAUAAGGAAAUUGCUGAUUAUAAUGGAGACAUUGUUUGGACGAAGUGUCUUAGUAUUUAUAACUCUAAAAUACAAAAAAUUGCUUCUGAUGCAACGUUGGAUACGAACGAUUUAAUGGCAACUGAAAACAAUUCAACAAAUGAGUACUAUAGAAAUAUACAAAUUAUUAUAAAAUAUAUUCAAGAUAAGGACUUACAAUUGUAAAUAUGACAGAAUAUACAUUUUUGUACUAAAUGAAUAAAAUAAUUAACGAACAAG